AUGGUCGUAUUUUCGGAGCUCGAGGAAGGUGUCCCAAUGAAUGAAGUCUUCGUGAAGGAGAUCACCGGUGAAGAUGGCACGGGUUUCCGUGAACUGUACGGCAAAGAAGUAAAUCGCCCCAUCACUUUUGUGCCAUUCUUUUCGACGAACGAAAUUCCCCAAGUUACACGCGAUCCAGCCCUUUGGCGACGACUAACCAAUGUCCAAUGGAGCGCCAUGGCCGAAGAUCAAAAGCCUGGUGUGUACAAAGCGGAUCCGGAACUCAAGGAUCUUGUCAAAACGAAAGAAUAUUUGGAAUCCUGGCUCUACUGGUUCAUUCAAGGCGCCUGA